UUACGGAACACUCCGAAGCCUCGGCACAGCCCGUAACAUCACUAGUUACCAGGCAGACAUCUUUUCCAACAUGGCAGCGUCAAGCAACGCAGAGCAAACGCAGUUGCAAGAUAUGGAGGAGGAAGAUGCAGGGAUGGAGGAGAGGAAUAUAGAAUCGGGUGACGAGCCGGAGGAGGGCAUGGGAGAAGAAAAUUCAGACGAAGAAGAGGAGGAUUCUUCGGAAGACGAGAAAGAAAAUGAAGCUGAGAUCCAACGGUUGGAAGAGCAGCUGUCAAUCAACGCUUUCGACUACAACUGCCAUGUGGAUCUCAUCAAACUACUCAAGCAGGAGGGCGAACUUUCCCGUCUGCGAAAGGCAAGGCAGAAGAUGAGUGAGCUUUUUCCACUCACUGAAGAGAUCUGGCUAGAUUGGCUCAAGGAUGAGAUCCGUAUGACUGAGGAGGAGCCAAACCGGGAGAAAGUGUAUGAACUUUUUGAGAAAGCUACAAAAGACUAUAUAUGUCCAGAUAUAUGGCUUGAAUAUGCUCAGUAUUCAAUUGGUGGCAUGGGCUCACCAGGUGGAUUGGACAAGGUGAGAGCCAUCUUCGAGAGAGCGGUGACAGCGGUGGGGCUUCACAUGACCAAGGGACAGAUGGUGUGGGAAGCGUACAGAGAGUUUGAGAAUGUCAUUCUGUCCACAGUACAGCCUCCCCCUGGCAAGAUUCCCAGCACCAAGGAGCAGGAUAUGUUGAAAACUCAGCUUGAUCGUAUCCAUACACUGUUUCGCCGCCAGCUGGCCAUCCCCUUAAUGGACAUGGAAGCCACCUAUGCAGAGUAUGAGGAGUGGUCUGAACAUGGGGUGGCUGAGACGGUCAUACAACAGUACAAAAAGGCUUUACAGCAGUUGGCCAAGUGCAAACCUUUAGAAGAAUCACUGAUAGUAGCAGAGCCUCCUAAACUGGCAGAGUAUCAGUCCUACAUUGACUUUGAACUAAAGGAGGGCGACCCAGCACGGAUCCAGAUCAUCUUUGAGCGGACCCUGGCAGAGAACUGCCUGGUACCAGACAUGUGGGCAAAAUACACCACCUAUCUUGAUCGUCAGCUGAAGAUCAAAGAUUUGGUUCUCUCCUCUCAUGAACGGGCCGUCAGGAACUGUCCCUGGACCAUGGGUCUGUGGAAGAGCUACCUUCUAGCUCUGGAGAGGCAUGGAGCUGACCAUCACACUAUCUCAGAUGUUUUUGAGAAGGCGCUGAAUGCAGGUUUCAUUCAGGCGACAGAUUAUGUGGAAAUUUGGCAGGCACACCUUGACUACCUGAGGAGACGUGUGGAUUUCAGCAAAGAAUCAAGUAAAGAGUUGGAGGAGCUACGAGGCGCUUUCUCUCGGUCUUUGGACUACAUGAAACAAGAUGUGGAAGAAAGAUUUGGUGAAAGUGGAGAUCCUUCUUGUAUCAUAAUGCAGAUCUGGGCAAGGAUAGAGGCCCUACACUGCAAGAACAUCCAAAAAGCCAGAGAACUGUGGGACAGUAUCAUGACGAAAGGGAACGCUAAAUAUGCCAACAUGUGGCUGGAGUACUAUAACCUCGAAAGGUCUUAUGGAGACACUGUUCACUGUCGGAAAGCACUCCACAGAGCAGUUCAGUGCACCUCAGACUACCCUGAGCAUGUGAGUGAAGUCCUGCUCACAUUUGAGAGGGUGGAAGGUUCUCUGGAGGACUGGGACGUGGCAGUGCAGAAGACAGAGACCCGGCUAAACAGGAUUAAUGAGCAACGAGCAAAGGUGGCUGAGAAGGAAGCCAACCUGGCUCGCCAAGAGGAAGAGAAAACCGAUCAGCGGCGGAGGACCAAGGUAGACAAGAAGGCUCAGAGGAAGGUCCAGAAGGGAUCUCGAAUUGGGGAGAAGAGGAAAGCCGAACAGGAUGAUUAUCAAGAGGAGUGGAAUGAUAAGUUUGAACAAGCUCCUAAAAAGCACAGAGGAAAUGGGGACCAAACCACAGAAGAGUACAUGGAGACCGAGACAGGACUCUUUGGGAGGAACGCUCGCCCUGGCUAUAAGCCUCCUCCACCCGGCAGUAAAAGAGCCCAGCAGGGAGCUGCCGCCGAACAGCGCAGCGAUGACAAGCAAGAGCUUCGCAACGAUAACAGCAGCGUAUUCAUCAGCAACCUGGCAUACACCCUGAAGGAUCCAGAGGCAAAGCUCAGGGCCCAGUUUGAGACCUGUGGUCCCAUCAAACAGGUUCGCCCCGUCUUCGGCAACAAAGGGACCUUCAAAGGCUACGGCUAUGUACAGUUUGAAUCCCCGGUGUCGGUCCCCGAAGCCCUAAAGCUGGACCGACGGGAGGUGGAGGGCAGGCCCAUGUUUGUAUCACCUUGUGUCGACAAAAACAAGAAUCCUGACUUUAAGGUGUUUAAAUACAACACAGCCAUAGAGAAACAAAAAAUCUUCAUCUCCGGGCUGCCGUUCACGUGUACUAAAGAGCAACUGGAGGAAAUCUGCAAAAGUCAUGGCACCGUCAAAGACAUUCGUCUGGUCACGUAUCGCUCAGGAAAACCCAAGGGUCUGGCAUAUGUUGAGUUUGCUGAUGAAGCCCAGGCAUCUCAGGCAGUUCUGAAAAUGGACGGGAUGAAUAUAGAGGACAACAAAAUCUGUGUUGCUAUAAGUAACCCUCCUCGCAGAAAUAUGAUGGAUAAACCUGGUUCCAACAGGCCCGCAGACAUGAUGCCUCGCCAGGUCUUUGGAUCGAGAGGCAGAGGACGCACCCAGCUCUCAUUACUCCCCCGUUCCCUGCACAGACAAAGUGGGCCUGGAAGCAAAGUUGAGAACGGGAGGGCAGCUGAGCAGGUGCCAGCAACAGCUAGCGCAGUAGUGAAUGCAGCCGGAGAGAUGAAACCUUUGUCAAAUUCAGACUUUGCCAGGAUGCUUCUCAGCAAGUGAGAAGAUGGAGAGAGAAUUACAACCGUCUUCACACUGAAAGCCGUCUUGUGUCCUUAAAAAUCAACGUUAGUGAUUUGUCUGUUAUUGGUUACCCAACUUCCCUUUUAAGCUCAGUCUUUUUCUCAUCAUCCGUUCUGCAAGAUUUGCCUUAAUCGCUGAGCUCCUGCUCUCCAUGGGAAAGCCUUUUUGCUCAAGACUUCUCACCAGUGUGACAGUUUUUGUUUAGUUUGUUGAAGGUGGUUGGCUGGCUAUUUUAUAAAGAAAAGUGUAUCAUAUUUGUGUGUAAAUAUACUGUCUCUAAAAUUGUAUUCAUCAUGUCGCAAAGUGUCUUCUUUUGUUGUAUAAUGUGAAAGGAAUCUGAGAAUCAUAUGGGAGUGUAUUUUUUUUUUUUAAACAGCCAAACUUGUGAAUGAUGUUUAAAAAGGUUAUAUGCAGAAGUGUUUGUAUGUGAGAGUGCGUGAGUGAGAGUGUGUGUGUGUGUGUGACAGUGAUUAAAAGACGUUCUCCAGAUAUUUUUAGGCUAGCUAGGAUUUUUGUUGUGUAACUAAUUUUAACGUCUGAGGACAAAGUUAACAAGGCUAGCAAUGUCCUUUUUCUGACUGGUAUAGUAAAUGAAUUCAUUAUUUUGACAUAAAACCAUCUGUUGGUUACCAUAUGCUACUAAUCAUAAAGACGAUGCUAUAGAGUGUCAAUUAAGUUAGUAUUAGUUAAUUGGCUUUAUCUUGGCAUGAGGGCAUAUUCUUACAGUAUGAAAACUGCCCCAAUAUGUCACGCUGCUCAUGCUUGAUAUAGCUUAUAGUAUUUACCAAACUGCUCCAAGUAUACUUUCACUGGUAAUGUGACCUGUCUGUUCAUGGUAAAAACAUCCAUCAUCAAAUCACUUUUAUUAUUUUAGAUAUCAGUGUGAUUUAUGUGCUAUGGGCUUAAAGGGAGAUUAGGAGGGAAAUGAACCAUAUUCCUUUCCCCGUGUGUAAUUCCAGGAGUAAACAUGGAAGCCGUGUGUUAAUGAAGCUGAAGACAUCUUUGGCUGCUUUGGUGGUUUCAUUCCCAACAGUCGCUCGCAAUGAUUUGGUAAUCGACUAAAUAAUUUGGCAAGUGUUUGGAUAAUUAUUUCAGUCAAAUUUAUAUUUAUCUAAUUCCAGAGUCUCAGGUGUGAGAAUUGUUUUUUUUACAUUUUACAAUUGUUAAAAUAGAAUGAAUUUCAGUUUUAGACCAUUGACAGGACACAAUGCAUUUGAUGACAUCACCUUAGACUCCUGUAAAAGCAUUUUUCAAUUUCCUCAAGUUUUGUUGACCAAGCAAUUAAAGAUGACAAGAUGACCAAGUGAAUAAAAUUCACCAGAUAUAUCCAUAAUAGAAAUAACAGUUGCUUGCAGCCCUGCAGAAGUCCAUUGAUGUAAUGUGUUGAAUGAAAGAGUUCAAAUUAAUGCUAGAAAGUACAGGUGGAGCUCUGGUGUGUGUACACUGUAAAAGUGAAUUCUUAGAACGUUAUAAACUGAAACCCAAGUACAGAUUUCUAAAUGUGGUUUGGACCUGUUUUCUUUGUUAUCGGUAGAGUUGAUCUUACCCUCUGAACGAACUUGGUAUGAGGUGAGAUGAGACACAUGGCUGACAGCUCUUAAGCAUUCUGGGUAAAGAGGCUAUUGAUGUCAUCUACACAUUCUGUGUUUAGGUCUGCAGCUCUUCUCAAAACAAACAGAGAAUCGGCAGUUUUUCCAUUUCUGUUACAACCAUCGACGACUUUUUUUUUUUAGAUGUUAACUACUCUGUUUGUGCAUAAUGUUAAGUAUGCUAAUUCAAAAAGGUCACCAUAGUUUGUAAUGAAUAUAAAUCUUUAAAGUUUUUGAAACAUGGAAUACAAGCUAUAUGUAUUGCUCUCACCACUGUGGCCUAAUC